AUGGUCUCAGUGCCAACUGAUCCGUUAUCACUACUGGACAAUGAUGGUGCAAUUAGAUUCACCGCCGUUUAUCAUCAUCGUUUAAUCUAUAUUGAGUAUAUAUUUACAGACUAUUCCGCAUCAAGUUGUACCAAAAUGAUUUUUGUGCCAACUGAUCCGUUAUCACUACUGGUGUUGUUGAUGACAAUGCUCUUAGCAUGGAUAACCACCCAACACUACCUGGCACCUUGCAAGAACUUCCCACCCGGACCUUGGGGAUUACCUAUCAUUGGCAGCUUUAUGUACUUCGGAUCUGAUGUACACAAAGACAUGACGAAACUCUCAAAGAAAUAUGGUGAUGUGUAUAGUCUGAAGAUGGGAUGUCAUACAGCCGUUGUUGUAAAGGGAGUGAAUGCCAUCAAAGAAUGUCUGGUAAAAAAAGGAACCGAUUUUGCUGAUAGACCACAUUCUUGUCUAUCGCCAGGUAUUGCUGAUGGACGCUUCAAUGAUAAAUGGCAACGUCGUCGACAAUUUGCCCACACAACGCUUAGAGGCUUUGGAUUUGGUAAAACCAGCAUGGAAAGUAAAAUAUGUGAGGAAAUCUCUUUUUUAUUGGAUGAAUUUAGGGAUAUUCAAGAUAAAUCUAUCGAUACAGGCGCCAUACUUAACAGGAGUGUUUCCAACGUAAUUUGCUCGAUAAUGUUUGGUAAACGAUUCAACUAUUCGGACCCAAAAUUCAGUUUCAUUAUUGACACUAUGGGCAAAUGGUUUGAGCUUAUGGGCACUAUGUAUGAACUUGGUUUUCUACCGUUUCGAAGGCCGUUUAAUCAAUCAAAUAUAAAUAACUACAAUACACUUGGUGAUGAUCUGAGGAAAUUCUGCAAGCAGCAAAUUGAUGAACACCGUGAAGUAUUCGACCCAGACAACAUAGGUGAUUUCAUCGAUGCAUACUUAGCUGAGACAAUGAAACAAGACGGCAAUAAAGAUCUUACAGACGACCAGUUAAAAUAUACAUUAGCUGAUCUUUUUGCUGCUGGAACUGAAAAAACAGCGACAACACUUAAAUGGGGGUUACUAUUAAUGGUUCUUCAUCCAGAAAUACAGGACAGAGUGUUUAAUGAAAUUGAUCAGGCUGUUGGCGCAAACCGUCUCCCGAGACUUGACGAUCGUAAAAACUUGUCUUAUACUGAAGCUACGCUUUUGGGAAUACAGCGAUUUGGUAGUAUUGCACCAUUCACACUUCCUCAUUGUGCGUUGAAAGACACUUCACUUGAAGGAUAUAAUAUUCCUAAGGGAACGGAAGUAAUUAUUUUACUAUG